UCUGUAUAUCUUCUGCAAAUCCAACUAACCCCCUCUCCCUCUCAUUUCCCACUGUAAAGAUCUGCCGGAGCCACCACCUCUGGGAAGAGUUGGAAAGCGACUAGCCCAACUCUCCUCGCGGCCCACCCUCUCUCUCCUCUCUCUCUCUCUCUCUCUCUCUAUAUAUAUAUGUAGUUAUAUACACAAUACGUUAUACCCAGCUCCACAGAUAUAUAUACAACGCCAAAAGUGAACAUCUGAACCCCCAUCAACCCAAAAAGAUCGUCCAAAAAUGCUUUCAAGCCCUCCUCCUCCCAAAUCCUCACUCCUACUCCACAGAAUCAACGCCACACCCACCAACACCGCCACGAAGUGCGUCCACAACGAGUGGUUCCCUCUCACCUGCGCCACCCAAGUGCCGGACACCGUGGCGCGCCACCACACGCACGCGGUGGGGCCCAAUCAGUGCUGCUCCGCCGUGGUGCAGGAUAUCGCCGCACCGGUCAACACCGUCUGGUCCGUGGUGCGCCGCUUCGACAACCCCCAGGCCUACAAGCACUUCGUCAAGAGCUGCAACGUCAUCGUAGGCGACGGCGACGUGGGCACCCUCCGCGAGGUCCGCGUCGUCUCGGGCCUCCCCGCGGCGCGUAGCACCGAGCGCCUCGAGAUUCUCGACGAAGAGCGCCACGUCAUCAGCUUCAGCGUCGUCGGUGGCGACCACCGCCUCGCCAACUACCGGUCGGUGACCACCCUCCACCCGUCACCCGCGGGCAACGGCACCGUCGUGAUCGAGUCCUACGUGGUCGAUGUGCCGCCCGGGAACACCAGGGAGGACACUUCAGUGUUCGUCGACACCAUCGUUCGGUGCAACCUUCAGUCACUGACUCAGAUCGCCGAGAACUUGGGCCGACUCGACAAGUCGUCGUCGUAAAGAGUAAAUUUUCCUCAUAUUAUAAAUAUUAAUACACCGUCCUUUUUUUUCUUUUUUUUUUUGUGAUUAUCCGAUGUGGGUUUGCCAAUUGAAACAUCCAGUUAACGUCAUAGCCGCACUAGUUCGAUCUCAUCUCACUUUUGCUGCAUAUUUUUCUGUGUAAUACAAUAAUAAUAUUGUUUGAGAGUUAUGACAUAA